CAAAAACGUUUCUCCCUUCAUACCCUCCGAUACCAAAACCAGCACAAAAGAGAAAGGAAAGAAGAAGAAGAAAUCCUCUUUCCUUCUUCUCUUCAUUUCUUCAUUCUCUUCGUCUCUGCAACUCCUGUAAACAGGUCUAGGGUUAGGGUUUCCGUUUUCCUCUCCGAAGCGAGAAGAGAUGGGCCAGCAGUCGUUGAUCUACAGUUUCGUUGCCCGAGGGACGGUGAUCCUGGCCGAGUUCACCGAAUUCACGGGAAAUUUCACGAGCAUCGCUGCUCAAUGCCUUCAGAAACUCCCCGCCUCCAACAACAAGUUCACCUACAACUGCGACUCCCACACCUUCAAUUACCUCGUUGAAGACGGUUUCACCUACUGUGUAGUUGCAGUUGAGUCAGCUGGCAGACAAAUUCCUAUUGCCUUCCUGGAGCGGGUUAAGGAUGAUUUCAACAAGAAGUAUGGAGGAGGAAAAGCUGCCACUGCUGUUGCUAACAGCCUCAACAAGGAGUUUGGGUCCAAACUGAAAGAGCACAUGCAGUAUUGUGUGGACCAUCCAGAGGAGAUCAGCAAGCUUGCAAAGGUGAAAGCUCAGGUUUCGGAAGUUAAAGGAGUUAUGAUGGAAAAUAUUGAAAAAGUUCUGGACCGUGGUGAGAAGAUUGAGCUUCUGGUAGACAAAACAGAGAACCUCCGCUCACAGGCACAAGAUUUCCGGCAACAAGGUACAAAGAUGAGAAGGAAGAUGUGGCUACAGAACAUGAAGAUAAAGCUGAUCGUCUUGGGUAUCAUCAUUGCAUUGAUUCUCAUUAUUAUCUUGUCUGUUUGCCAUGGUUUCAAAUGUUGAUGAACAAAGGGCCUACUCUACCCCAUCUCUCGCUCUCUCUCUAUACGACUGCUGCUUCUUCAUUAUAUCUUCUUUACUAGAUUGGUGCUGAUUAUAUCUUAUUUUACUGUUUGCUUUUGUGAAUGAGAGGUCUUUGUUUCCUACGUUUUUCUUGUCUUUUUCUUUCUGUAGAUUUCUUCUCUCUGUAGACAGGGAUGAUUGAUGAGAGGCCUUUGUUUCCUCCGUAUUCUUGUCUUUUCCUUUCUGUAGACGGAAUGAUUUUUGUUCUGUGUGGCAUUGCGUGUAUAGAUUGUGGGCUUGAAUUC